UUGGGUCGAUGAUAAAAAAACUGGCCUUUGUGCCACUCGUCGGCCCUCGGGCCGACGAUCAAAAAACUGGCCUUUGUGCCAUUCGUCGGUCCUCGGGCCGACGAUCAAUAAACUGGCCUCUGUGCCACUCGUAGGCCCUCGGACAAGUCGGGAAGGGCCGGUGGACAAAAAUCGGCCAUUAGGCUGUAAGUCAUGCCCAACGGGCCCAACUCGUGCCAGCCGUGGCCAAGUGCACAUAGCACCCUCGGCCGUGGCCAGGGCAGGCCCGGCAGCGGCCGUGCCCGUACCCAGUCCCGCCAGCAGUCGUGCCCAAAGUCGUGGCAAGGUAGUGAGCCGAGUCAGCAGCCAACCAACCGGUCCGAGCAGACCAGCAGUUUGGCCAGACCGGUUCAGAUCCGUCGCACAGUUUCGCGACUACCAUCCUGAGAAGUUCUCCGGUCAGGGAUAUCUGCGUAUCGUUGAUGAGUGGGUUCAGGGCCUUGAAUUGAUUUUCGAGGUCAUGGACUGUCAAGAUCGCUAUCGCGUUACUUGCGCACAGCUUCAGUUGACCGGUGAUGCCCGACUCUGGUGGAAUGCUUACUGGAGUAUGCGUCCCGGCGAGAAAGAAGGUUGUACCUGGGAGAGAUUCAAGGAGAUGAUCCGGGAGAUGUAUUAUCCCACGUACUACCGAGCUGAGAUGGAGCGGCAGUUUAUGUCGCUCAAACAGGGUACUCGUACUGUUGAUGAGUACGAGAGAGAGUUUACCAGACUCGGAGCUUUUGUUCCAGAUUUGGUACGUACUGAGGCACAGCGGGCACAGCGUUUCACUGACGGGCUUUACCCAGCAGUCCGUCACAAUAUUGUAG